AUGGGCGACCAUGAUGACUAUCCGCAUGAACAUGAUCGGCUAUACCAGGCCGAACGUGGACAUGAGGGCGGCCGUGUGAAAUCUAGAGAUGACGGUCGCGAUUACCGUGAACGCCUCGAUCGGGAACCGCCCCGUGACUAUGAGCGACGCCGGGAUGAGCGGGACUAUUAUGACAGGCGGGAUGAGGACCGGCGGAGGCCGCGCGGCGACGACCGCUACGAGCGUGGACCGGGAACCAGGGACAGAGAGUACCCAGACCGGCGAGACGUCCGAAGCGAUCCACGGGAUUAUGGGCGUGAACGGCGAAGGUCCAGGUCACGGGACAGGCGCCGUUCGCGAUCAAGAGACCGCUACGAUAGCAGGGACAGGCGGGACGACCGGGACGCAGGACGCCGUGGUCGCGGCAGCCGGGGCCGUCGGGACGACUACAGUGACGAAGACGACUUAUACGGCGGAUACAAGCCGCGGAAGCGCCAGGCUCCCCCGGAUCCUUCCAAGUAUGACAAGCCGUUGCCUCCGGGGGCUGGUCCGGGCUACAUUUCCGAUCCCUUUUACUACCUGCGCCAGAAUGUGCCGACGGAUCCUGCAGAAGCCCAACGCUUGUGGCUGGAACAGCAGCUGCGCAGUCGGCAAAUGGUGCUGCAGCAACAGGCGGCAUCAGCGGCGGCGGCGUCAGCCAAGACGCAGCGGGAGCUCUACAUUGGCAACCUUGUGCCUGGCGCGGUGACGGAUGUGGCGCUCCGACAACUCUUCAACACGACCUUGGUAGCCGCAUUCCCCGUCACCGGCAGUGCGGAGCCAGUCGUGAAUGUCAACCUGCACAGCGAUGGGCGCUACGCGUUUGUGGAGUUCCGCACGCCGGAGAUGGCGACGGCGGCGCUGGCGCUGAAUGCGCAGGUUCAAUUGCUGGGUCAGACAAUCUCCGUGGGCCGGCCCAGUGGUUACGUGGACCCGCAGAAAGCGGCUGCAGCUGCGCAGGCGGCGGCACAGGCCUUGGCGGCCUUCCAGAAUGUUCUCAAAGAAAUUAAACGAGGGCUCUGCUUUGUUGCGCGCGGUAUAUCUGUUUGUGUGAUGCUGUUGCGGGAGGCAGCGCUCGUGUUCUUGGCGAGAGCAGGACCGAGGAGCAUUGUCUGCGUCCUGAACAAGAGCACGCUUGUGUCGGCUGGCGAUAUGGCAGCCCUGGCAGCAAACGCUACAGCCGCGGGUAUGAAUCUCGCCCAGCUGGGCCUCGCAAACCUCGUCCUUCCCAAGCCGGCGGAGGGUGCCGACACCGCGCCAGCAGUAGCUGCUACAGCGUCUGCGUCAGCGCCGCCAUCGCGGGAGCAGACACCGACCAUAGCUGCUACUGCCGGUGCCGGCGGUACGUUAGCUUCUGGAUGCAUCUCCCAGGACCCCGACAAGGAACAACAGCAGCAGGCUGUGCUACAGCUGCUACAGCCGCAGGAGAAGGAAGGGGAUGGGCAACAGGAUCAACGGGAGUCGCAGCAAGAGCGGCAGCGGCAGGAGCAGCAUCCAGCUACAUCUGUUGAAGGAGAGGGUGAUAUGGAGGUAGUAGCAGGAGCCAAUGGCACUGCCGUCGUCGUCAACGGGGACGAUGCUGAGGCGGCCGCCGCCGCCGCCGCCGCGACGAGGUUCUUCUGUGUGUUGGGCAUGCUGAACGCGGACAUGCUGCUAGAUGACGAGGAGUAUGAAGCCGUCAUCGACGACCUGAAGGACGAGUGCGAUAGGCACGCCCCAGGAAAUGUGGUCGCGGUGAAGGUGCCGAGGCCGCCGGAGGAGGUCCGGGCGCAGACUGCCGAUUUCAUCGGGAUCGGGCAAUAUGGCAAGGCGUUUGUAUGUUUCAAGGACGCCACCUCGGCACAGCGGGCGCACGCGGCUAUUCACGGGCGGCUCUUCGCGGGUAAUACCGUACAAGUGCAGUACAUUACGGAGGAGGAGUUCAAUGCGCGGGGGCAUCACCAAUGGCGGCAGCAGCGACAGUACCAGGCAGCGGAGGAAAGCAAGACGCGUGCGCAAAGCAAGACGCGUUCGCGGGCGUGUGCGGGAGCGGGUAGCACCUACUUGGAGACGCUUGCGACUCUUCACACGCCAAACGUAUCCGCGAGCAAUGCACAUCAUCGCGGGUGUAAAUGUAGAAGUGGAGUGUGGGAUGAGGACGGCACUUCAGACUUUAGUAAGGCAGUGGCUUAG